CGAUCAUGGACAACUAUGACAAGAUGGAGAAGAUUGGCGAAGGAACCUACGGGGUUGUCUACAAAGCAAAAGACAAAAACACUGGAGACACUGUUGCUUUAAAGAAGAUUAGACUGGAAACCGAGGACGAGGGUGUUCCGUCCACUGCCAUCCGUGAGAUUUCCCUCUUGAAAGAACUCAAGCAUCCCAAUAUUGUCAAACUGCUUGAUAUUGUUCAUAACGAUACUAAGCUGUAUCUUAUUUUCGAGUUUCUUGAUCUGGAUUUAAAAAAAUAUAUGGAUACAACCAUGCCAGUCGGACUUUCACCAAGUCUAGUCAAGAGUUACCUCUACCAACUGGUCAAUGGACUGCUUUUUUGCCAUGCCCAUAGGAUUUUGCAUCGUGAUUUGAAACCACAAAAUUUACUUAUUGAUCAGCACGGCAUGCUCAAACUCGCAGAUUUUGGUCUUGCCCGUGCAUUUGGUAUUCCUCUCCGAACAUAUACCCACGAAGUUGUUACAUUAUGGUACCGCUCUCCUGAAAUUUUACUUGGAUCUAAGCACUAUUCUACUGCUGUCGAUAUCUGGAGUGUUGGCUGUAUAUUCGCUGAAAUGGUGAUUAAACACCCCUUGUUUCCAGGCGACUCUGAAAUCGAUGAAAUCUUUCGCAUCUUCCGAGCACUUGGAACACCCACCGAAACUACGUGGCCGGGUUUCUCAUCCCUUCCCGACUAUAAACCCAAUUUCCCUACUUGGUCUCCACAGUCCAUGACUGAACUUGUACCUAACUUGGAUAUGGAUGGGUUGGAUCUACUUCAGAGAAUGCUUGCAUACGAUCCCGCAGCACGUAUCUCUGCCAAGCGAGCCAUGAACCAUCCUUACUUCAAGGACGUUGAUCUCACAACAUCUGCCUAGACUAUUUUUUCAUCAUGCUUUCACCUGGUCUUUUUACUAUUCCAAUUUUGGAGAUUUGCUCGAUCACUAAUUAGUCAUGAUACUGAUCAAACCGAAAUCAACCCUCGUCCAUACUAAUAGACCUUGUACGGCUUUUUCUUUUGGGAGGGACAGCAUGAUUUUCUACUAUUCACGUAAUGAAUUAAACUGGUAAUUUCUCACUCUU